AUGACAACUGAAAUAAGUGAAGAAUACAUACGAGCUGUGAUUAAAAACAGUCAAUCUAUUUACUCACUUCGAACUCCAGAAGAUAUACAUCUGAUCAUGAAUAUAGUGGAUUCUCUUCUUGUAUCAUCUCCACGUAAAUUGAUGGAUGUUGGUUGGAAUUAUCAUCAUGCUGAUCAUAAAGAAUAUAUUCAAUCAGAUGUAGAAAGACUUCCGAUGAUAGAGGAAUCUUCAUUCGAAUUAGAAACUUAUGACGAUCUUUAUGAAAUGGGUGAUUGGUGUGAUGUAUGUGAGAAUUGGGUCGAGGGUAGCGAUGUAUGUGAGGAGGGUGAUGGAGAUCACAUUCAUACGUUUUGCUCAAAGUGUGCACAGAUUGUGAAAUUUCAUAAGAAUGGGGUGCAUAUAAAUGAGUGUAUUUGCGAUUUCGUGCCAGUAAUCGAUUAUUUUAACUCAAGAGAAGAAUUAAGACAGGAAUUGUGUAUGUGUGAGUUUACAUGUGGAUUGAAAUAUGUGAUGGGAUAUGAUAAAUAUGGAAAGGUUAUAUAUGGAACUUGUGGUUGGCAUUCUGAUAAUUUAAAAGAUGUUGAAUAUGAUUGUCGAGGUGGAGUUCAUCGUGGAUUCGAUUGUUUGAAUGAUGUAACUAUGGGAGCUGACAAAAGAAAAGACAGUUCUAACUCUGAUUCUGAAUUGGAAUCCAAGAGAUUGAAGGUUGAUGAAGAGAAGUCUGUGGAACUCAAACCUAAUCCCUCUGGAUCUAAGCAGAAGCAACCUGAUUUUCGAGGUGAAGAAAAACCCAAACCAUCAGGAUCUAAAGAAAGGCAACCUAACUCUCGACUACCCCAAAAACAGAACAAGAAUUCGGACAAGCUUGAUGCGGAAAUAAUUAAUAGGAUAUUAUUAUUGGGUGAUGGUAAUAUGAAAAAAAUCUUAGAUUGCGAAAAAUCUUAUCAACUUUCUAAUUUGAUUGAUGAAAUUGCAUAUGAUAUCAUCAAGACCGAAAGUGAGAAUUGGGAAGAAAAAAUGGCUGUGCUUCUAUCGUAUAACAAGAUUAGACGUGAGAUUUAUUCAACUAUCGAAAAGAAUAUUCCGGAUAGAACUCCGGAUGUUUGUACAUGGUUGGUGACAGUUUGUCAAGGACCGGCAAGGGGAAUGAUGUUUGAGGAUUUUAAGCUUCAAAAGUGGUUAUCUAAAAAUUCCAAUGCAAAUAACAAUUGA